AUGGGAACCGUUGAAAAGUCGUUCAUUAUGAUCAAACCGGACGGGGUCCGGAAAGGACUAAUUGGUGAAAUAAUAUCCAGAUUCGAAAAACGUGGGUUUAAGAUGAAUGAAGGGAAGUUAGUUAUGCCAAAAAAGGAAAUUGUUAAACAACAUUACGCUGAACAUAUAGAUAAACCUUUUUUCGACGAUCUGAUAAAUUUCAUUAUCGAUGGUCCAGUAUUUAUCUCAGUAUGGAGUGGGAAGAAUGUUGUAUCUAUUGCCCGUACUAUGCUCGGUGCUACUAAUCCGGAAAAUGCGGCGCCUGGAACCAUAAGAGGCGAUUAUGCUAUUGAAGUUAGAGAAAACAUUUGCCACGCUUCAGAUACCGUUGAGUCUGCUGAGCGCGAAAUUGCUAUAUGGUUUGGCUAUGGCGUCAAUUCUGAAUUGUAA